AGCCUUUAAAAGGGAGCCCAAUUUUGAAAUUCAAUUAGCUAUCUGUCCCCACCAGAGAAAUGCACAAAAGUCGUAGUGCUUGACCAUUUUCUUCUCAUAUUCCACCUGUCAUUGUUGCUUUUGAUUUGGUGACUCAUGGCUCAUGCAACAGAGGCGUCGACGAGUAGAGUGGACAUUGGAAACCACAGUAGUAAUACUGCAUCUAGAAAGGGAAAAGAGAUUCAAUUGGUUCCAUCAUCUUAUAAGGAUGCUAAAAGCCACGGCAAGAAUGAAGCAAUGAGGAAGAGGAAUGAGGUGACCAUUCCGUUGACGUUACAUAAAUCCGUUGUCAAACGCAGUGACUCUGCACAUGAUGACCUUUCUUUUACAGAGCUUCUACUACGAAACUACAAGAAUUUCACUCGUAGCGUAGCUCCAUCGAGGGCGAUGGUGGAGAUGUUGAUUGAUGGAUCAAAAUAUUUGUUCGAUUUCAGAAGGAUGCUCCAAAUCGAUUCCGAGACUGAAAAUUACUGGUCAAUCUCAUGGAUCAAGAUGAAUAUGGCAAGUAUUUUUUUCCUUAAAGUGUCUAUUGGAAAAGAGGGAGAGAAUACAGAACUAGAGAAUAAUAAAUAUAUUGAGAGUUAUGUUAAUGCUAAUGCUAGUAUUACUCAUAAGGUUGAUCUCAUUGUCGAGCUUGAUGAUAGUUCGCUGAAGCGAAAGAGAGCAGAAUUUGAAGCAUUUCCUCCAAAUCCAAUUAUGGCAUUUCCAACUCCUCCAGUUGUUGCUCCUCUAAUAUUCCUGAGGAUGUGCUAAGAGGCCCAUGAUUGGUGGAAGUUUUUAGGUGGCCAAAGACGAUGAUAUUAAGAGAAGGCGAUAAAAAGCAUCGGCUCAUCAGGGAUUACUUCUUGUCAAGGAUAAGAAAACUUGACCCUACUGUUAAAGUUACUGCCAUUUACAAAUGCACUCAUGAGGGGAAUUUGGAGAAGGCUUGUUAUGGUCUUUUUCAUAAACAAGUUAACCUCAA